AGACGUGGACGCGCGGUGUGCUGAUGGCGGAGGAGUGGAACCAGAACACCGGGGAGGUGGUGUACAGGUCUCGGGACCCCAUCAAGAACCUGAAGAUCCGGGUGAAGCUGCAGCGGGUGUCUCCGGUCAGUGCCUUGGUACAGCGGGUGCAGGAGGAGGAGGAGGGGAGCAGAGGGGACAUCGCACUGCGGACUCUUGGCUCCAACCCCGGCACUAGUGGCUGCCGUCCAGGUGAUGAUGAGGAAGAAGUUGUGAUCUCCUGGCAGGAGAAACUUUUUAGCACAUUUGAAUAUGAACUGUACCAAAAUGAGGCGGCUUGUUGCACACCUCUGGAUCGUCAGUAUCAUCAGGACAUUUUAUCUUUGGAGAGGCGAGGAGGACGGAAGAAUAUACGCGUCUUCACUUACACAGACUACGACCGAUACACCAACCUAGAAGAGCACUGUCAGUCAGUGACCACCUCUGAACAAGAAACGCCCACCUUCUUGGCAGAACGUAUGGCAAAUGUCAGGAGACGACGGCAGGACAAAAGACCAUUGGAUGGAGUUGGGAUCCGCAAUCGUCUUAUCACAUGGAAACCAUCAGAGGAGUUCAUAAAGAAUAGUCACAUCAUUAAUACACCCGUGCAGACGAUGUACAUCAUGGCAGAUUUGGGACCAAGUGGAAAAUUAGGACUGAAGGAGAAUGAACAUGUUCUUUGUACCAUACGUGUAGACAGUAAUGGAGUCAUCACCCUAAAACCUGAUGUCACUGGCACUAAAGGCUCAUACAGGCUGGAGGUGGAGAGUCACAAGCGUGAACUAUGGAGGUACACCCUACACCAUGUCUCUGAGUCAGUCCAACCAGAAGAGCAGGAGCGGGAACAGAUUCUCUACAAAGAUCUGUAUAGUCGGCAUAAGGAAUACUUGAACAACCUGGUGGGCUCAGAUUUUGAAAUGCCGCCCAGUGGAGCGUUGCGAGUAUUUAUCAAUGGGGAGAUCGUAUCUGCACAUGAAUAUGAAUAUGAUAAUCUCUAUGUUCAUUUCUUCAUGGAGCUACCAAAACACUGGUCCAGUCCUGCCUUCCAAGAACUUUCAGGUGUUACUCAAAGCUGUAGAUCUAAAACUCACAAAAGGGAAAAUGUUGCUUAUUUCUGCCACCCUUUCAGUUUUGAGAUGUUCCUGUCAGAAGAAGUGGAGUCUGAGGAUAUACCCCAAUGGCCAGUUUUGUAUUUUGAGGUUCUUUCUCUGGACAUUUGGCAGAGGUAUCGUGGUGAAGGAUAUGGAUCGGUUGUGCUUCCACAAACCCCAGGAAUGCACAACGUCACAGCACAGACAUGGCGACCUGUGGAACAGGGAACAGUAUCCGAGCUCAGAAGGUUUUUCAUAGGUGGCUCCCCUGAACUGGAGGACCUGACUUAUAUCCGAAUACCCGGAACUUUUCAGGGGGAACGUUUAAGUCGUUUUGGUUUCAGGACAGAGACCACGGGCAGAGUGUCUUUUCGCUUCCACGCCAUGCAUCAGUCACGAUCCUUCCUUGACAGGAGCUCUCUGAGGAAAAGAAUGCAGACUGUAUUGGAUCGUCUGGGAGGCUCCAGCCAGCAAAGCUCUAUUCUCAAUGUCCUUGAUGCUUUCCAGAGAGCAAGAAGACGAAUGCAACAAGCUAGAGAGAGCCUUCCGAAGGACAUCUUGAGUGCCACUAAAACAUUACAACUCGAGCAGUCAACAGCUUGAACGCCUGAUGUGCAGCUCUUUUCCACAUAUCACCGGGGCUCUGUGAUCUACAUACAAGUUGUCCAAAGGUUGCCUUUUGCAAGGUGUGUUCUUAAAAGGAACUUACCCCAAAAUUCGCCUUCAAGUGAUAGAGAUGUAUCAGAAGAUAAUAGCUGUAGAGUCCAGGAGUUUGGACCAAGUUAUAAAUCACCCAAACCCCUUAGAGAUUUGUAGUUACUGAAAUCUAAAUCUAAUGCCUAGGUGCUUUAUAAAGCCGCAGCACUUGUGGUUUCCAGAGUUGUAAUCUUCUGACAUGUCGCCGUAACAUGUCUGGUGAUAAAACGGUCACACAAGAUGGACUUUACUUGACGUGUGAGUCAGAAGACGCAGUAUUGGUGCCGAUCUGGAGUUAUGACUCCUAAGCGUAUGUGUUCAUUGUGAUUUUUUUUUUUUACGCAGAUUUCUUUUCCACGCCGAGAUUCCUGCUAAAACACUUAUAAUAUUCGUCCCAUGAUUUGAAUGGAAAUCCACGCUGUUAGUGCAUACGGCAUAUUUUUUUUUCCACGUACAGAACUAAAUUUUCUCAUGUAGAAACAGCGUUGAAUUAGUCUCAUUGAAUGGAGCUAACCCACAUGCAGAUUCCACAGCAGUGCAAACUGCAGAACCAUGGCAGAAAUCCAUCCAAGGAUUUCUACUGUGGAUUCCACUAAAGAAAGACGUCCGGUUUUUCCAAAGAGCAUUCCCCAAUUCCCCAAAUUUUUCUCUGAACAUUCCCCAAUUCAUUUGGUACAUUUUAUUUAAAGGAAUGACUCCUUGUAUAGUUAUUUAUUUUUCAUAGUUUAUUAUAGUCACAGAUGCAGUAGAUUGAAGAGAACCUGUCCUGUUGAACAUGGGGUCUGAGCUGCAGGCAGCAUAUUAUAGAGCAGGAGGAGCUGAGCAGAUUGAUAUAUAGCAAUAUUAUAGCAUUGUGGAAAAAGAUUCAGUAUAACCUUCCCUUUAUGAUUGUGUAUAUAG